UCGCAUUUUGCAGUUUAAUACGUAGUUCAAAUUAAGCAUUUUUAUCCCAUAGAAGAAUAUCACUAUAUGUAUGUGUGUGGUUGAUGUGCAAAGAAAGUAGGAAGUAGAAAGUAGAAAGUAGAAACCAGAAAGAGUGAAAGAACAACCGAGAAAGAUGAAGAAAGUGGAACUAGUGUUCAUCCCAGCACCAGGAGCAGGCCACCUUGUACCAACGCUGCAAUUCGCAAAGCGUUUGAUCGAUCGCAACGACAGAAUUUCGAUCACCAUUCUUGCCAUCCAGUCAUUCUACCCAACCACUCUAAGUUCAUACACAAAAUCGAUUGCAGCCUCAGAACCCCGAAUCCGAUUCAUUGAUGUCCCACAACCUCAAUAUCGACCUCCGCAAGAGAUGUACAAGUCACGAGCAAAGAUCUUCUCUCUUUACAUUGAGAGUCACGUCCCCAGUGUCAAGAAAAUCAUCACCAACCUCGUCUCCUCUAGUGCUAAUAGUUCAGAUUCGAUUCGUGUUGCUGCUUUGGUAGUUGAUUUAUUCUGUGUGUCCAUGAUUGAUGUGGCCAAAGAACUCAAUAUUCCUUCUUAUCUUUUCCUGACAAGCAAUACAGGAUAUCUAGCUUUCAUGCUCAACCUUCCAAUUCUUCAUGAAAAAAACCAGAUUGCUGAAGAAUCCGAUCCCGAUUGGUCAAUCCCAGGUAUUGUCCACCCGGUUCCUCCUAGAGUUUUGCCUGUGGCCUUGACAGACGGUAGCUGCUCCGCUUACAUCAAGUUGGCUUCAAGAUUUAGAGAGACUAGAGGCAUUAUAGUAAACACAUUUGUAGAGUUAGAGACACACGCUAUCACAUUGUUUUCCAAUGACGACCGAGUCCCUUCACUGUACCCAGUCGGGCCAGUGAUCGACCUGGAUGACGGUCAGGCACAUUCCAACCUAGACCAGGCACAGCGCGACAAGAUCAUCAAAUGGCUUGAUGACCAGCCUCAGAAAUCUGUUGUGUUUUUGUGUUUUGGUAGCAUGGGAAGCUUUGGGGCAGAGCAAGUGAAGGAAAUAGCUUUAGGGCUUGAACAAAGUGGGCAGAGGUUUUUAUGGUCCCUGCGCAUGCCGUCCCCCAAAGGCACCGUCCCAAGUGAUUGCUCAAAUCUUGAAGAAGUUUUGCCAGAUGGGUUCUUGGAGAGGACCAAUGGGAAGAAAGGGUUGAUAUGUGGGUGGGCCCCACAGGUGGAGGUCCUGACCCACAGUGCAACCGGAGGGUUCUUGUCGCACUGCGGGUGGAACUCGAUCUUGGAGAGCUUGUGGCAUGGCGUCCCUAUUGCGACGUGGCCCAUGUAUGCAGAGCAGCAGCUCAAUGCUUUCUGGAUGGUGAGGGAGUUGGGGAUGGCGUUGGAGAUGAGGCUGGAUUACAAGACAGGCAGCGCUGACGUGGUGGGGGCGGACGAGAUUGAGAGGGCUGUGGUUGGUGUGAUGGAGAAGGAUAGUGAGGUGAGGAAGAAGGUGGAAGAGAUGGGAAAGAUGGCUAGAAAAGCUGUGAAGGAUGGAGGGUCUUCAUUUGCUUCUGUUGGGAGAUUUAUUGAGGAUGUGAUUGGUGAGAAUUAGGGUUUUAAGUAGUGGUUGUUAAUUUUUUAAGUUUAAGAACUCAUGAAUGUACUAAUUUUUCCUUGUUCUUGUAUGUUGAUUGAUGCGAUGAAAGUUAAGCACGCACAUUAAACCCUA